CAAAGCCCAAAACUAGCCGAUCAUCAGCUCUAUAGUUAAUUAUCCAGAGAGAUUAGUUGAUAAUUAGCUAAGCAACAAAAGUGUAUACAUGGACGCGAUCAGCAGCCUGAUGCUGCAGGGAGGAUGGAGGAAGGGCCCAUGGACUGCGCUGGAGGACGGGCUCCUCAGCGAGUACGUGCGGCAGCACGGCGAGGGCAGCUGGAACUCUGUCGCGAACCUCACAGGGCUGCGGCGGAGCGGGAAGAGCUGCCGGCUGCGGUGGGUGAACUACCUCCGGCCGGACCUCAAGCGGGGCAAGAUCACCCCCGACGAGGAGACCGUCAUCCUCCAGCUGCACGCCAUGCUCGGCAACAGAUGGUCGGCGAUCGCGCGGUGCCUGCCGGGGAGGACGGACAACGAGAUCAAGAACUACUGGCGGACGCACUUCAAGAAGGCCCGGCCGUCGCGCCGCGCCCGGGCGCAGCUGCUUCACCAGUACCAGCUCGAGCAGCAGCAGCAGCGCCAGUAUCUCCAGAGCCUGCAGUUCCUGCAACAGCAGCAGCUGCAGAACCAGACCCAACAGGUGAUGAUGAGCCAACAGUAUGAGCAGCAGAGCCCGCCGGAGCCUGAUCACCAGGCCGUGAUGGCGAUGGUGAACAACCUGCAGAGCGCGGAGUGCUACUGCAGCCCGGUGUCGGUUCCCGAGCAGUACUGCGCACUCCCGGCCGACGAUGACGAGCAGCUAUGGGAUAGCCUGUGGAGGCUGGUCGACGGGGACGGCUGCAGCGCCGGCGACGGCUCCAGCGGAGGCGAGUACUAGCUAGCCAGCCAGCUAGCGUGGCGCGGGGCGUGUAUGUGUGUAUGCCAGUGUAAAGAGCGCGGAAGAGGAGGUACUGCAGGUUUCAGUUGCUGCAAGGAUACUGCUAGUGGUAGUGUAGUGUAGCGGAGGCGACCAUGCUUCAUGUUAUACUUUUACCCAUGAACCAUGAGCAAGUGGCAUUGUACGAAGGCGCCCUAUGUUUUUCUGGUCCCGUCACAAGGUUGCGAUAGCACCAUGUAAUUUUGGUUUCAAGAUCAUGUGUCCACCAUGAAUUUUAUCUGGAUGAGUUUCUUCAGUUCAUACUUUGUCAAUGGGAAGAAUACCAACUGCUGA